ACCGACAAUCCUUUCGGCAGUUUUGAUGAUGAUGAUGAUGAUGAUGUCAAGCUGCCAAAUGAAGUCGCUUGGGUGGCGAAACAGCCGACGCAGCCACAGCGUUUGCUCCACUCGCAUCAGCUUCGGCAGCUGUUUUGAAAUCCAGUCAAAUAACUUGAAAUAUAUUGAAGAGAAAAAACCCUGCAAAAAUCCGACAGUGAUUGGCAACGUUCGUUUGAUUGUUAAUGACGUACGGCAUCCCUGAAAGAAUGUUCUGUCGGCGAAGGACCCCGUGAGGAGUCAUAGGUGGCCAGCAUGGUGCCUGACUAAAUUACAAAUGAAUACAGAACUAAAUAAGGGGAGUCAGUAAAUCAUGGAAAAUUGAAAUUGAAUCAAUCCACAAAGAAAAUGUAUUCAAAAAACUAUAUUUUGUUGACCGCACCACAGCGUUUAAAAAGAAAUAUUUUUGUCAAUUUGGACCUCGUGAAAUCAUCGCAAUUCAGCACCUCGAGUGAGGACAGCGACUUUCUUUACGAGUCAAACAAACGCACCGAAUAAAAUCAACAGCAUGAAUUGAACUUAGCGUUGUUGCAUUCAAAUAGAUAGUGAUGACUGCAUACAUUCACUAUUAUUUUUUUUGUUUCAAUUUAUGUAAAGCAUACUUUCACUGAGUUAAUGUCUAUCUCGUGUCAAUCAAAUACAAAUAAGUGGUGAGGUUGAUUGAUGUUUACACUAUUUAUUCUUUUCAUCAGAGUUGUUCUGAGUCCAUAAAACAGUUGUCAAUAUCAUACCGACGUCAAUUUCACAUGUUGACUGCGUGUCCUCCUCCUCACACAGAAACAAUUCAGCACCAUAAGUGCAGGACAGUGACGCCUGCGAUGACGUCACAACCGUGUUCGAAUCAUAACAAGUCAUUGCCACCAUACAUUUUCGUUAUGCAUGUAAAGUUGAGACUUAGCUUGUCCUUUUGUUGAUUUAAAGGCAUUGGGAUGUUUUCUUGAUGUACUCUAACAUAAUUCGGUGCAAUGAAAACCAAUCAGAAUUGGCACAAAAGCACCAAUGUCAGGCUUGCAGAAGGGAGGGGAAGAGCUGUGUCUUUAAGAGGGAACGGGGAUCAGCUCGCCUCUCAUUGGCUGGUGGAAGCGCGGCCAGCGAGCCAAUAGGCUCGAAGACCGUACAAAGCAAUCUCGUCCCUGCCCCCGCGCAGCUUCAUCUCACCAACACGUCGAAUGCACCGAGCUGCGGCGCAGACGGAAAGGAAUCGGCUCGGUUUGCUCGUUUGCUCGUUUGCUUUUUCCCACCUUGAAACGAAUUCAAUUUCGUCGCUCCGCUCCGAUGGCUUGAGGGGCCGCUCGUGGAAAUCUUCCCCGUUUGUAUGGACGUCAGAGUCGCCGUGGAGAGGAUGUCCGCGUUGUAACGGAGCUUGCGAGGAUGACAAAGACAAUAGGAUCCCGAGACUGGCGACGGCAGGCUCUUUUGUGGCAUUUUCUCUUGUGGACUACAGCGGCUGCGCAGACUCGUUACAGCAUCCCGGAGGAGCUCAAGCGAGGUUCGGCGGUGGGCAACGUGGCCAAAGAUCUGGCUCUGGGACUGUCUGAGAUAUUUGAGCGCAAGCUGCGUGUCGCCUCUGAGGCUGGGAAGCAGUAUUUCAGCGUGGAUGCGGGGAAGGGCGAGCUGCUGGUCAGCGACAGAAUAGACAGAGAGGCUUUAUGCGGACAAAGCGCCAGCUGCGUGCUCCCGCUGCAGGUCGUCGUCGAAAAUCCGCUGCACUUGCAUCGAAUCGAAGUCGACAUUCAGGACAUUAAUGACAAUUCACCUCGAUUUCAUACGAAUGAACUCGCUUUAAAAAUAGCGGAAUCAGCCGCAGUCGGCACUCGUUUCCUUUUGGAAAGCGCGGAGGAUUUAGAUGUCGGGAGUAAUUCGGUCAAAACGUACACCUUGGCUAAAAACGACUGUUUCACUUUGAAAAUGAAGGAGGUUGAGGAUGGGAAAUUAGUUCCCGAGUUAGUUUUAGAAAAACCACUGGACAGAGAAAGAAAAGCUUCUCAUCAGCUCCUGCUGACUGCUUUAGACGGAGGCAAUCCAGUCAUGUCUGGCACUGCACAAAUUACUGUUUUAGUGCUUGAUAACAACGACAAUUUCCCCGUUUUUGACAAAAGUCUCUAUAAAGCGUCCUUACAAGAAAAUGUGGCAAAAGAUACAUUCGUACUUAAAUUGACAGCGACUGAUGCAGAUGAGGGACCGAACGGACAAGUCCAAUAUUUCUUUAGCAUGCGCACACCUGAUUUGGUGUCGUCUGUGUUUAAAUUAAAUUCAGAAACGGGUGAAAUAUUUUUACAAGGAGAUUUAGAUUAUGAGAAAGCUACGUCUUACAGAAUUGAAGUGACUGCCAAAGACAAAGGGAUGCCUGAAAUGGAGAGUCACUGUCGUGUGCAGAUUGACGUCGUUGAUAUGAAUGAUAAUGUUCCAGAAAUUAUCCUCACCUCGGAACCGCAGCCGGUCCGGGAGGACGCACCGAGUGGGUCAGUGGUGGCUCUGCUUACAUCACGUGACGCAGACUCUGCUAAUAAUAGCAAAGUCACGCUGCGGAUCCCUAAAGGCUCCCCUUUCAUUCUGAAACCGUCUUUUUCGAAUAAUUACGCGCUGGUCACCAGCGGCGCUUUAGACCGGGAGAGAGUGUCCGAGUACGAGAUCGAGGUCACGGCCACCGAUUCGGGCUCUCCUCCUCUCUCGAGUCGCAGAAGCGUCGCCGUCAGCGUCGGCGACGUCAACGACAACCCUCCCGUCUUCUCUCAGAGCUCUUAUAACGUUUAUUUGAAAGAGAACGACGUCGCGGGCGCCAUCCUGCUCUCGGUGUCGGCCGGCGACCCGGACGCCGGCCAGAACGCCAAAGUGUCCUACUCCCUGCUGGAGAGCAAAGCGGCCGAGGCGCCGGCGGCGUCGUCGUACGUUUACGUCAACUCGGAGAACGGCAGCAUCUACAGCAUGCGCUCGUUCGACUACGAGAAAGUCAAAGUGUUUGAGGUCGGGGUGGAGGCCAAGGACCGGGGCUCUCCGUCUCUCAGCGGCAACGCCACCGUCCACGUUUUCAUCCUGGACCAGAACGACAACGCCCCCGCCGUCAUCUACCCCUCCCCCCACGCCGCCUCCCACCUGAGGGCGCCCCGCUCGGCCAAGGCGGGCCACCUGCUCACCAAGGUGACGGCCGUGGACGCCGACUCGGGCCACAACGCCUGGAUCUCCUACAAAGUGGCGGAGGCCACGGACGCCUCUCUGUUCGCGCUCAGUUUGUACACGGGGGAGGUGAGGACCAAACGCGCCGUGUCCGAGCACGACGACUCCUCCCAGAGGCUGAUCGUGGCGGUCGAGGACGACGGGGAACCGGUCCGCUCGGCCACCGUCACGCUGUCCAUCCUGCUGGAGGACGCCGUGAGCGAGCCCGCCUCGGAGCCGCUCGGGCGCGACUCGCCGUCCGAGCCCCGCGAGAAAGGCGGCGGCGGCGGCAGAAUCACGCUUUACUUGAUCGUGUCUCUGGCCUCGGUGUCCGUGCUGUCUCUGCUCACGUUGCUCGCCUUGGCCGUCAAAUGCGCCAGGAGCGGCGCCGCUCGCUGCUCGGGCGUCGGACGCACGCGCUGCGAGCGGGACGGGAAGCCCGACGGAAAUCUGCACAUUCAGCUCAACGCCGACGGACCCAUCAAGUACGUGGAGGUUCUGGGAGGAGACGUCAUGUCUCAGAGUCACUCCUUCAGGUCCUGCAUGUCUCCCGUGUCAGAGUACAGCGAUUUCACGCUGCUCAAGCCCAGCAGCACCGCCGACUUCAAGGAGGUCAUCGGCGUGCUGGAUGCCUCUUUGCCGGACAGCGCCUGGACCUUCGAGAGCCAGCAGGUGAGCCGACGAUUCGCUUUGCGAACGACGACCGCUUGCGGCGCUCUGGCUGCCCGCCGUGCGCAUUUUCACAACGUUUCUCUCCCGCAGUUGGUGAUCUGUUGCCGUUGACAACAAUAGAUUGAAAUGUGUUAGUGUAUUUUCCAAUUCUGCUGACUUUUUGUUGUUGCAAUCACAUUUUGUGGUUUGAAUGAAGUCAGCUUGAUUGUAUGUAGCACAUUCUUCAGAAAAAGUCCGCAGUUUCAUAAUGGACAACAAACUUGAAAUCCUCCCACAGCAGUAUUUUUUAUUAUUUAUUUCCAUUCCAUUUGAUUAAGAUGGCAUCAUGUUUUACCAACUGCCACAAAAACUGCUUUGGUGUUGUUUUUCUUGUCAUUAUUGGGGAAAUCCCGAUCCAACUUUUUCACUUCCGAUCCGAUAUCACUAUUGCGACCUUGAGUUUUGGCCGAUAUCGGUCCGAUCCGAUAUCAACAAUUAUCAUACGUACUUGAAUUAUUUUGUCGUACGGAAUGUUACGCUAUCUUUGAUCAAGUGAUAUCACUCGGAGAACAAUUAUCAGCAACGGUGGGUGUGAGGAAAAACUGACCCCCUCAUUAUUAACCAAUGGGUUACAUCAAGUCACUUUAAACAAGGGAAUGUACUACAAUUCAAUAAAAUAAACAAUUUUAUUCGAAAAUCCUGACAAAUCAAACCAAUAACAAAGUUUAUAUUUAAAUUGCAACAUAUCCACUGCUUCAACAUAAUCAUAUUCUACAGUUGAAUAGAUUCAAUAAACAUCAAUGAGAAAAUCAUGAAAGAUAAUCCAAAUGAAUAAUAAACACGAAUUGUACUUUGAAAGUGCAAAAUAUUUCAAGUUCAAUUCCGUCACUGAUUUAUUUUUACUGUCGGCAUAUGGUGGGAACAAGCAUUUGUUUUCGCUGCAUGUGCGGUGCUUGUGGGGUUUAGUUUUAUUUGCUCUUCCUGCUGUGCACUUCUUGACCUCUGAGGGGCGGUAUGGUGCACACAAUGAGAAACACACUCGCAGUAACAAAGAAAGUAGAAGUUCAAUCGAAUUUUGU